AUGCAAGAUCCCAACCAGUGUUCGCAGAUUAGACUCACGCGAGAAGAAUGUGUCAAGUAUGAUAAUGCCGCUCGAAAGUUAUUACAAGAUACUGUUGCCGAACGAGCCAAAUUUAAUCCUACGAAUAUCGAUUCAGAGCAUUGGGCAUUUGUGAAACGUCGUAAGGAGGUCAGCAUUUUUAACAAUGUGAUUGGGUCAGCUCACCCAGGUUUGAUCGUCAUGAUCGGAACAGGCCUCAUUGACGGCAAACUCGAAGAUGUCAUGGGCGGUUUGUACAGUGAGACAACAGACGAGUUUCAAACUUCCAAAAUUUUACUAGGAUAUGAUCUAAAGGAUGGUCUGGUUCUCAAUGCACAUCAACGUCGGACGUCUGAGGAUCCGUUCCGGUUUGCAGGGAUCAAGUGGUUUGCUGGCAGACGUGCAUGGGGUCUACUACAUGAUCAAAACGCUCUAACGUAUGAGCGAAUGGGUCUCACAACUGACGCUCGGGGUAACGAAAUUGCUUAUCACACGCUACAGUCAAUUACAAGACCCGAGUGGCCAUGCGAACCUACACCUAACAUGUUGCGUCAGCACACUGCAGUAUGUUAUCUGUAUCGUCGACUUAUGCAAACGAACAAGACAGAAGUCUUCGUGUGGGGCUCAAUCACCAAAUCCAGAUUAGUACUAGAGAGAUUUUUCCACUUCAACGUCGCAAGCACGUGGCUCAAGAUCGUCGACAGCCCCAACGUAGGCCGAGCGAAGAACUUUAGCACUCUCAUUGACAAAGCCGACAGCCACCAGUGGUUGGCUACCAGCCUACGUUUAAUCCUCGCCUCGUCUUCAUGUGCAGUACAACAUGCCACGUCUGCGCGCGAAAGCCAACGCUGGGAUCGUACUCCCAUUGUUCAGGAUGCCAUCAGACAGUAUGCAAGGAUUGUUCUGAACAGCACCAUAUAUUUCAACUUAGCAAAUCCGGACGAGCCAAGAAGCAACUUUUUUGUGCAUUUCGGCGCAGAGGAAUUCCGUCCUGCGGUGUUCCACAGUGAUAAUGGUGCAUGGGUGGAAGAAGGAAGAGAACUGGGACCGAUUGAAAAUCGCAAGUCGCGCAGUUGUUUAUUCUGCUUAAUUCGAAUUGGUGGACGUAAUCAUCAGAUUUCGGUUUUGCCGCUUGAAAUUUAA